AUGAUAAUAGCCUCAUCAACGGGACUGGAGAAUCAGCAUGAAAUUGACUUGGUUAAGCAAAACGACUUUAAGACGUCAUGCCCUUUUUCCGAGAACGAAGGGGAUUUGGUCAGAAAGGAAGUAUCUCACACUCCAAGUGACGCCCCUUCGUCUCGGGGCGCUGCUUUUCGGGCCAUAUCGCGGCUCAGUACAAGUUAUUUUAAGGAAUAUUUGUCCAUGGCCGUGCAAUCACAGGAAGCCCGAUGUGGGGAAUAA